AAAAAAAAAGAGUAGUUCUCUUUCCAUCAGUGGUGAUGAAGACAUCGGCGAUGGCGCAUCACACACCACCACUGCUGUUGAUGCUUCUUCUAUGUACACUUUCUGUCAACUCAUCAUUCCAGCCCACUCUGGUGUUAGAAAUGGCCAAGAUUCUUUUGGAAAACUACUGCUUUCCUGAGAACCUAGUUGGGAUGGAGGAGGCUAUCCGACAAGCGAUCAACAGCGGAGAAAUCCUGCAGAUUUCAGACAGGAAGACCCUGGCCUCUGUGCUCACAAACGGAGUACAAGGGGCACUUAACGAUCCGAGGUUGACUGUGUCGUAUGAGCCCAAUUUUGUCCCGGUGAUGCCACAGAUGCUGCCGUCUCUGCCCAUAGAGCAGCUGAUCUGGCUGGUAAGAAACUCUGUCAAGCUGGAUAUCCUGGACAACAACGUUGGAUAUUUGCGGAUGGAUCGGAUCAUUGGGGAGGAGACAGCUACAAAGCUUGGCUCCCUGCUGAGGGACAACAUCUGGGACAAAGUUGCUCACACAUCCUCGCUGAUCUUGGACCUGAGGUAUAGCACAGCUGGAGAACUGUCUGGAGUUCCCUUUAUAAUCUCCUAUUUCUCAGACUCUGAGCCUCUCAUUCAUAUUGACGCUGUGUAUGACAGGCCCUCAAAUACAACUAAGGAGCUGUGGACCAUGCCGUCAAUAAUGGGGGAAAGGUAUGGGAAGAAGAAAGACUUGAUUAUUUUGACCAGUAAGCGUACCAUGGGGGCUGCUGAGGCAGUGGCAUAUACAUUAAAAAACCUAAAGAGGGCCAUCACAGUUGGGGAAAGGUCUGCUGGUGGGUCAGUAAAAGUCCAAAAGAUUAGGAUCCCUCAGUCGGAGUUCUACAUAACAGUUCCUGUGGCAAGAUCAGUUAGUCCAAUCACAGGCCAUAGCUGGGAAGUGAGUGGCGUUUCCCCAACAGUCAACGUCCUUGCCAAGGAAGCUGUCGCAAAAGCCAAGUCCCUUCUGGCUGUAAGGAGUGGCAUUCCAAAAGUUUUGCAGAGUAUCGCUGACGUAAUCAGGAGGUUCUAUGUUUUCACUGACAGAGUUCCAGCUCUUCUUCAAUAUCUGCAAUCUACAGAUUUUUUCUCUGUCAUAUCUGAGGAAGACCUAGCAGUCAGACUCAACCAGGACCUCCAGACUGUGUCUGAAGAUCCACGACUGAUAAUCAAAUGCAUGCAAGACAAUGCUGCCAUACUAGAGGAGGACCCUGAGCUUUACAACAUUCCAGAUGAUUUGGAAUCGUUGAAAAAACUUGUAGAUACAACGAUUAAAGUGGAAAUUCUCCUAAACAAUACCGGCUAUCUCCGCAUAGACAAGUUUGUCAAGUCGUAUGCAGGGACUAAAUUAGAAGAGCUCAUGGCUAAAAAGGUAUGGGAGCCCCUCAAAGACACUAAUAACCUGAUUAUUGAUCUACGCUAUAACACUGGUGGAUCCUCUACCUCUCUAGCCCUUAUACUGUCCUAUCUGCAGGACACUUCCCAGAAGCGUAAUUUUUUCACAAUAUAUGACCAAAUUCAGAACACAACAACCGAAUAUGACUCUCUGCCUCAAAUUGCUGGCCCGACCUAUGGCUCCAAACGUGGAGUUUACGUGUUGACCAGCUACAACACAGCAAGCACUGGCGAAGAGUUUGCUUACCUGGUACAGUCACUUCAUCGGGGCACAGUCAUUGGGGAAAUUACAUCUGGUACCCUGAUGCACUCAAAGACGUUUCAAAUAGAGGGAAUGGCUAUUGCCAUCACUGUCCCUUUCAUAAACUUUGUAGACAACAAUGGUGAAUGCUGGCUGGGAGGUGGUGUGGUCCCCGAUGCCAUUGGGCUAGCCGAGGAAGCUGUGGAGCACGUUUAUGAGAUUGCAGAUUUUCAUCAAGGGCUCAAGUUCCUCAUAGAGAGAACUGGGAAACUGUUAGAAAAACACUACACAAAUCAUGAAGUUGCACUAAUGGCCAGCAAGGUACUGUUGAGCAAAUGGGCUGAGGGAUUAUACCGGUCAGUGGUUGACUUUGAAUCUUUGGCAUCUCAGUUGACAGCAGACCUCCAAGAGACUUCAGGCGAUCACCGCCUCCGUGUCUUCCAUUGCGAUGUCGAGCCAGAGUCCCUUCAUGACGUCCCAAAAAUCCCUACCGCUGAAGAAGUGGGAUACAUAAUCAACGCUUUGUUUAAAAUUGAGCUUCUGCCAGGUAAUGUUGGGUAUGUAAGGUUUAACAUGAUGGCAGAUGUGGAGGUGGUAAAAGCCAUUGGGCCUCAGCUGAUAAAAUUAGUGUGGAGCAAGAUAGUAAACACAGAUGCCCUUAUAAUUGACUUAAGGUACAACACUGGUGGAUAUUCAACAGCAAUUCCCCUAUUAUGCACCUACUUCUUUGAUGCUCAACCAUUGCGGCAUCUUUACACUGUCUUCGACCGCAACACAACCACCAUCACAGAAGUCAUGACAUUGCCUCAAGUCAGAGGUCCAAGGUAUGGGUCCUCCAAGGACGUCUACAUCCUCACCAGUCAGAUGACAGGGUCAGCAGCCGAAGUGUUCACCCGCUCUAUGAAGGACCUGAAUAGAGCCACAAUCAUUGGAGAGCCAACGAUCGGAGGGUCUCUAUCGAGUGGAACCUAUCAGAUCGGGGACAGCGUCCUGUACACUUCAAUCCCUAACCAGGUUGUGUUGAGCGCAAUCACUGGGAAAGAGUGGAGCAUUUCUGGGGUUGAGCCUCAUGUUAUUGUAAACGCCGAGGAUGCCCUCGCUACCGCCAUCAAGAUCGUCAACCUCCGUGCCCAAGUUCCGGCCAUCAUUGAAGGAUCAGCGACCCUCAUUGCAGAAAACUACGCUUUUGAAGAUAUUGGUUCUGAUGUUGCAGAAAAGUUGAAAGGGCUCCUGGCAAACGGCGAGUACAGCACGGUUGUCUCCAAAGAGAGUCUGGAGGUUAAGCUGUCCGCUGACCUGAAGACGAUGUCUGGGGACAAGAGCCUGAAGACCACCAGCAACACCCCAGCCCUGCCACCCAUGGAUUAUUCUCCAGAGAUGUACAUUGAGCUGAUCAAAGUCUCCUUCCACACUGACAUAUUUGAGAACAACGUCGGCUACCUGCGCUUUGACAUGUUCGGAGACUUUGAGGAGGUCAAGGCCAUUGCCCAGAUUAUUGUUGAGCACGUCUGGAACAAAGUUGUCAACACUGACGCUAUGAUUGUUGACCUCAGAAACAACAUUGGUGGCCCUACAACAGCCAUCGCAGGCUUCUGCUCUUAUUUCUUUGAUGCCGACAAGCAGAUUGUGCUGGACAAGCUGUACGACAGACCGUCCGGCACCAUCACAGAGCUCCAGACCCUGCCUGAACUCACUGGCACAAGGUACGGCUCCAAGAAGAGCUUGAUCAUCCUGACCAGCGGAGCGACUGCCGGCGCCGCAGAGGAGUUUGUUUACAUCAUGAAGAAGCUCGGCCGCGCUAUGAUCAUCGGAGAGACGACCGCCGGGGCCUCCCACCCACCAGUGACCUUCCGUGUUGGUGAGACCGACAUUUUCCUCAGCAUCCCCACCAUCCACUCCGACACCGCCGCCGGGCCAGCCUGGGAGGGAGCUGGCAUCGCACCUCACAUACCCGUCCCAGCUGACGCCGCCCUCGAGACAGCCAAGGGCAUCUUCAACAAGCACUUUGCAGGCCAGAAGUAAACCACGUUCUGAACUAAGCCUCGGGGGCAGUUUAACAUGUCACUUUUGCUUUGCCAGCCAAAUAGUUUCGAUUUAGAGAAGAUUUAGAAUUCAGACUUGUUUAAGAAAUGAAGAGUAAGUACUAGUAAGAAGCUUGAGUACAAAUUGUAAUCUAAAACCUUUUUAGCCUGUUUGUAACGCAGAGCAAAGGUUCAACAGUAGGAUUACUCUAGCUGCUGAAGGUUUUGAGAAUGAAUGGUGCUGAGAAGUCGAUUAUUUUAUGGCAUGGGUAUGAAUUCUUUUGUGUCAAAGAUCAGUUUUAACAUCGAAACAACUUUACUUCAAAUUUAGAUUUUUGAGAAGUCACAUGCAAAAGAGAGAAAACUAAUGAAGUAAACACACACAAAUGGUUUCAAACUAUGUUUGCUAUUCAUGCAUUAUGUUGGAGUUUGGGAAUUUUAUGUUGGAGUUUUGGAAUUUUAUGUUGGAGUUUUGGAAUUGGGACCUCUGUGUAGUAAUCCACUUGUUGCUCUGCUCAGAAACCCAUCAUGCAAUGUCCUCGUUGUGUAUGGAAAUUACAGUAUGUCCAUAAUGCCAAGUGGGCCUGUUUCGGUUGUAUCAAUUCCAGUGGUGAGACACAAUAAAAAGACAACUGAAAUACAAAA